CACCGCACGGAAUCAACAGUGUUAGCCGAGCUCGCGAGGCCGUGGGGUCGGUGUAUUUUCAACCCCCUUUAUAAAACCGUAAAGCCAAGAGUAGCGCGCGCGCAUCCCCCGCACAGUGUUAAAACAGUUCAGUACGUUGCUGCUCUCUGUAGAGGAAUCUACCGCUGCGCUGCGUACUCCUUUUAUAAAAAGACGAUCACUCGUUUGUUGUUCGGUGGCAUAGGUGGUACGAGAGAAGAUAUUCUUCGAGGGAUCAACGAGUGUGAAGAUUUAAAAAGCCCGAGACAGGAUGAAGGUUCAGCAACUGGUGAUGGUUUGCGGUGCCUACUUGCUGGUGGGUCACUUGGGCGUUGAGGCGCUGACGUGUUACGAAUGCAACAGUCACAUCGACAGCCGAUGCGCCGACAAGAAACCGCCAGACGCCCUUCAGAAAGACUGCCAGGUCUCGGCCGGCGGCACCAAGUACACGAUGUGCCGUAAAACUGUCCAGAGCAUCGAGUUCCCCAUGAAUGGAUUGCCACCGGAAACUCGUGUAAUCAGGACCUGCGGUUACGACGAAUCGAACUACAAGGGGCGCUGUUAUCAGCGCAGCGGUUUCGGCGGAAGGCAGGAGGUUUGCUCCUGCCUGACCAACCUCUGCAACGGUUCGACGCCGAGUUACGCGCACGUGCCACAAUUUUUGAUGAUAUUGUGCCUCCUCGGAAGCGCCCUUAACGCCCACCUCCGCAACUAGGCUUUCGGCCCUCGUUUUUUUUAAAUUACCAAAUAAUGUUACAACUGAAUUGAAGCAACCGAAAAAAACCAAUUAUUCGUCGUUCGCAACAAAAACAAAGAAACAGUAAACGCUGGCCGCCACCACGAAACAAAAGUCCUCGCCACACUAACCCCGUCCGCAGCACACGCUCGGCCAGCAGCCAGUCGGGCUAAACGAAAGAGAAAAUAGGAAACUUGGCGAAGAGUUGAACGAGAGGGAACAAAAGGCGUCUGUGUCCUCGGGCCGAAAGCCAGCGAGAGGAAAAGCAUGGGAAAAAGAUAAAACGAGAGAGAGUCUAACGAGACGUCGAACCCGAGAAGCAACCCUCAGUUUACACUAAAAAGAAUCGAAACAACUAUCGGAAGCGAGUGCUAAUUCGAUUCCAGAAGCAUGAGAAAUAUCACGAGAGUUUUCGUCACGUGAGAAUGCACAAAAACGGAUCUGGUUGGACAAUCCUAACUUAAAAUGACAGCAAAUUAAUUUUAAAACGACAGCGUAGUUUUAGGUCUAGCUUUCUAUCGAGCCUUCGAAUCCGUUUGAUGAAUUAACCCAAUUUUUAUUGUUGUAUCACGGGAGAGAACGAUGCGGACUUGUUUCAUUGUCUAUUUCGUUUGAAAUAUUGUAUUUUAAACAAAAUGUAAAUGCAAGUUUGUCUCAUCGACGUCACCACUGCCUUCACUGAGUAACGUACAUCGCAAUAACUCCUACGUCCGUAAAACACAAAUUUUCAUCCGUUCACAGAAUUCACAAUCUUGUUAAAUUACACCUAUUCGCGCACCCGUUGUACUCGCCCAACUGCGCCUAUGCAUGCCACACUUGGAGGAACUUAAAAGCUCUUCGAUAAAGAAAUAAAUGAACAAAGUACGAAAAAUUAAGGACCAACCAAUCCGUUCCGAAAGAUCGCACACACACACACACACACACACAAACGCAGGCAAACGAGUUGAAAAGAAAAACAGAAAAAUUCAAGAAAUUAAAAUUCCCGAUAACCGUGCUAUCGUUAAACGUAUAUGAUAUAUCGAGCAAUUAAACGUGAGUGAGAUUCGAAUGGAAAUAAAUAAAAAUAAGAAUACGAGAGCGUUGGAAAGAUUGAAAAAAUUAGAGGGUCCUUCUCGAGUCGUCGUUAUCGUAAUUGAAUUUUAAUGAACCGAUCGUUGAGUCGGGCACACCGUUGUUUGUUCAAAGCAUUCUGUGUGUAGAGCUUUAUAAAUAUAUAAAUGAGUAUAUAUAUAUAAAUAUAUAUGAAAAUAAAACGACACAAGCGUUGAGUGAAAACUUAAAAAAUUGAAUAAACAUAAAAGUGUAGUUAUAAAAAUUUUUAAGUAUCACACAUCAUGUUCAAAUUGCCAAUCGGUGUGACGCAUUUCGGAAUUCAAAUACCCCUCGCCGCCGCCGGGUAUGAUAAAAUGAGCUGAUACUUUUCUGAUAAGAGAAUGAGCAGCAGGUAUUGAAGGUAAAACGCAAAAACAGAUUAAUGUUUAAUAGCAGAAUACAAUAUGUAAAUAUGUGUGUGUGCGCUCUCGCGCCCUCUGUCGUGUAUACGUAAACAUCUUCGUCGAACAUGGACAAUUUCGAAUUUGGUAGAAAAAACUUUGAAUCCAAUAAUUAGUGAUCUCGUACAGCUUAGGGAUACGAAUAUAAUAAUGUUUAUGAUUACGAUUAUGAUAAUAUAAUGAAAGAAAAAAAAUGAUAAUAGUGAUGUUGAUGAUUAUGAAAUGAUAAUAUAUAAAGAGGCUCGUUGCGAGGCUCCGCGGUCUCGCGAGACAAUUGUUCACCGCAAUAGCGGCAUCCCCUCCAAAAAGGCAAAGCAAGAAAAAUCAAUAUACGAAUGCACCAUGAUUAA